AGGAUUUACCUCAGGGGGGAGAUUGAAGCCUCAAAUGUCGGCCUGGAAGCGGGGGGGUGUUUGUUCCUCCCCCAUUAUGGCUUUGGGUCGGGGGGAUGUGAGGCCUGAUGUGAGACUGGCUGCAGGGCUUACCUCAGGGAGGGCCCAUUCACCCCCAUUAUAGGUCCAUAUUGGGGGUGUUAAUAGCUUUAUGUGGUACUGAGUGCAAUGGUUACCUCAGGGAGGGCCCCUUCACCCCAUUAUAGGUGUGGGUUGGGGGGUUCACAGCUUUAUGUGGUAUUGAGUGCAAUGGUUACCUCAGGUAGAGCCCCUUCACCCCAUUAUAGGUCUGGGUUGGGGGGUUCAUAGCUUUAUGUGGGAUUGAGUGCAGUAGUUACCACAGGUAGAGCCCCUUCACCCCCAUUAUAGGUCCAUAUUGGGGGGGUUUCAUAGUUUUAUGUGGUAUUGAGUGCAAUGGUUACCUCAGGUAGAGCCCAUUCACCCCCAUUAUAGGUCCGGAUGGGGGGGGUUCAUAGCUUUAUGUGGGAUUGAGUGCAAUGGUUACCUCAGGUACAGCCCCUUCACCCCCAUUAUAGGUCCAUAUUGGGGGUGUUCAUAGCUUUAUGUGGGAUUGAGUGCAAUGGUUACCUCAGGGAGAGCCCCUUCACCCCCAUUAUAGGUACAUAUUGGGGGGGUUCACAGCUUUAUGUGGGAUUGAAUGCAGUAGUUACCACAGGUAGAGCCCCAUCACCCCAUUAUAGGUCCAUAUUGGGGGGGUUCACAGCCUUAUGUGGUACUGAGUGCAAUGGUUACCUCAGGGAGAGCCCCUUCACCCCCAUUAUAGGUCUGGGUUGGGGGGUGUUAAUAGUUCUAUGUGGGAUUGAGUGCAGUAGUUACCACAGGUAGAGCCCCUUCACCCCCAUUAUAGGUCCAUAUUGGGGGUGUUAAUAGCUUAAUGUGGUAUUGAGUGCAAUGGUUACCUCAGGUAGAGCCCCUUCACCCCCAUUAUAGGUCCAUAUUGGGGGUGUUAAUAGCUUUAUGUGGUAUUGAGUGCAGUAGUUACCACAGGUAGAGCCCCUUCACCCCCAUUAUAGGUCCAUAUUGGGGGGGUUCAUAGUUUUAUGUGGUAUUGAGUGCAAUGGUUACCUCCGGUACAGCCCCUUCACCCCCAUAUCAUGGCUCUGGAGGGGGCACUGUGCCUCCUUAUGUUGCUUUAACUCAAGGAGAUCGUCCUGUCCUCCAAAUUCAGCCCUGAAAUUGGGGAAUUGCCCUUAUGUGACUCUGGGAGCAUUAUUGCUCUCAGGGAGAGCCCCCACCGUUUCCGUGGGGCAGCUGUAGCUUUCUAUGGGGCUGAGAGUGGAUCCCCCUCCCCACCACAGGGGGCAGUUUCAGCCCUUUCUCUGCUGCAGGGGUUUCAUUGUGGAGCCCCUCAGCUCUUUGCUCACUCCAUUUUCCCUCUGUGUAUCUCAGGUGGUUUCUCCCCCCCCGCUGCCGCCAUGGAGCAGUUCCCAUUUGGAGACGAGAGCUCUGUGAGCCUGGAGAUCCAACUGCUGGGCUUCACCGAGAGCCCCAGCCCUGAGCUCAGCCUGCAGGCUGCGGCUGCGGCCCCCCCGGAUGGUGCAGCCCCCCCAGAUCUGGCUGGUGUUGCACUGGAGGACGGGCUGAGCGUGUUGUCCCUGUGCCCAGACAGGGAAUGGGACGGUGAGGUGCAGCACGGGCUGUGCCUUCCAGUGGUGCCCAGCGCUGACCCUGCAGCCGCUCAGAGCCAGUUGUCCCCUCCCAGCUCUCCGCUGCCUUGUGGUUGUUGUGGGACCAGCCGCAGCCCGACUGACAGCCAGCAGCCCCAGCAGCCGUAUGUGGGGCACGGCGGGUGCUUGGGCAGCAGGAAAAGGAAAGGCUGGCAGUGCCCGGAGCGACGCUGUGAGCUGCAGCCCCCGCGGUGCCCGCAGGGUUCAGGCUGUUCAUCCUGCAGCCUGGUGGAGGACGGCGGCACAGCAGAGAGCUACCCGGCCGGCUCCACCACCACCACUGGCAUUGAGCUGAAUGGCAGCGUGGCCCCCAGCCCUGCUCUGUUGGAGCCCCCAGGGCUGCCCGCUGAGCCCGGUGCCGUGCCGUGCUUGGCAUUGCUCAGAGCGCAGCAGGCGGCCGUCAGCUCCCACCCAUGGGUCAGCGCCCAGAGGAGCAGCUCCUGCUUCACGCUCAAAGCCAGCCCUGCUGGAAGGGAAGCUCCCCUGUCCUGCUCCUUCCUCUCUCAGUACCCAGACGCUUCUCCUUUCCCUGUGCUGAGCUGCGGAGUGGAGGAGGUGCUGCUGGGCCGCCCUGAGGACAGCACACAGCUGUGGCAGAGCGUGGUGGAGCAGCAGGCGGUGCUGGGCGGUGCUGGGCAGCUGAGAUCUGCCUGCACGGAGCCGGGGAGGCAGAACCUCCUGCAGGUACUGGCCGCCUCCCAGCACGCCCUGUCCCACGUGCUGACCCCCAAAGGGCCGAAGGAUUCGUCUCCUUGUGCUCGAGAGCACGAGAGCGGCGCGGUGACGGAUGGGCUGCACAACAAGGCUGCCUCCAGCAAGGGGGAUAGGAGCAGAGCUGGCGGCGCGGGCGCAAGCAGGUCGUGGCGGGUGCCCGCUGCACGCAGGGAGAAGCUGGCGGCGGGGCUGGCGGGCACAGCGUCCCCCAGCCAAGUGGCCAUGGACUCCUUUGCACCACGGCAGCAGUGCGGGAUGAGCGUCCUGCAGCGCGUGCAGGGGGGAAACGUCUGCAGCUUCCCAGGCUCGGUGCAGGAGGACGGUGUGUCGGCUGCCAGUGUGAAGAGCAGCGCAGCUCCCACCAACAGCAGCGACUGCGACGGCGUUUUCCUAUGCAAGAACUGCCAGCAGGUGUUCUACACCCAGAAGGGCCUGGACAGCCACAUGUGCUUCCGUGACGAGCAAUGGCUGCUGCCCCAGAGGAGAGAGGAGCCGCAGGGCCGUGCUGCAGACGAUGGAUCCGCUGCGAGGCCGGAGCUGCAGGAGGAGCCCUGCGAGGCCGGAGCUGCUCUGCUCAUCCCUGUCUCGGUGCCGGUGCUGCCUGGGGGUGAGGUGACCCCCAAGGAGAGCCAGGAUGGGAAGAGCCCGCGGCUCAACUCGCAGCCCAAGAAGAGGAAGCGGCAGAUUCUCCCCAAGCCCCUCUUCAUCCCCCCCCUAACGCCCCCCGACGUGCAGCCGGUCCCUGGGGGCUGCUACCGGAGCAACCUGCGCUCCCCGGUGCUGCUGAUGGACCGGCUGCUGCGGGACCUGCUGCAGUGCUCGCCCUACACCCCCCCACCCAUGCUCAGCCCCAUCCGCGAGGGCUCGGGGCUCUACUUCAACGCCGUCUGCUCAUCCACUGCAGCUGAGCCUUGUCGGCUCCUGGGCAGUGUGCUGGACCGCAUGGAUCAGGACUUCGGGAUGUGCCUCAUGAAGGACGGCACCAAAAUCAGCAUUGAGCCCCACAUUAACGUUGGGAGCCGCUUUCAGGCCGAGAUCCCGACCCUCCAGGACAGAUCACGCUUAGGAAGCACUGAGCAGGCGGCCUUGGUGUGGAAGCCAUGGGGAGACAUCGCAACCAACGAGGAAACGCAGGACAGAGUGAUGGAGCUGCUGAACAUGGCGUGCUCCAGCGUCAUGCCGGGCGGGGGAACCAACCUGGAGCUGGCGCUGCAUUGCCUGCACGAAGCACGGGGCAACGUGGUGGACGCUCUGGAGCUGCUGCUGUUCGGCUGGCCGCACAAAUCCCAGUCCCAUCCUCUGGCUAAUUACCGCUACACAGGCUCCGAUGUGUGGACGCCCGUGGAGAGGCAGCUCUUCAAAAACGCCUUCCAUGCCCACAAAAAGGAUUUCUACCUGAUCCAGAAGAAGGUCCAGACAAAGAACGUGUCCCAGUGCGUCGAGUAUUAUUACAUCUGGAAAAAGAUCAUCAAGUUUGAGCACAGCCGAGCUCAGAACAUGGACAGAAAGGCCAAGAGGGAAAACAGUGAGGCCGAGGAGGCCGAGGAAAAGCCCCUCUGCCCCCCCAAGAAGAGGCACUGCCUUCUGCCCAAGGAGAGCAGCAAGAAGAGCUGCAGGAAAACAUCCCCCAGUGCGGGCAGCCCCUCCUGCAGCCCUGGCCGAGCUCCUGGCGCCGUGGAGCAUCACAACGUGUUCCCUUGUGCUGAGUGUGAGAGGGUGUUUGACAAGAUCAAAGGUCGCAACGCUCACAUGAAGCGCCAUCGGCCGCAGCACCGCGCCGUGCCUCUCCUGCAGGCCCAGUGGGCCCUGGAACCCCUCAAAGGAGAGGAGGCCACAAUGGGGGGAGCCCUAAGCAGCAGUUGGGGGGCUGAGCCCCCCGAGUAACCCCAGGUGGGUUCUCUCUCCUUGUGGGCACCGCGAUCCCUGGGCUCUCUCAGCUCCCGGCUCGGAGCCGCUGCGGAGGAUGUUUGGCAGCCGCAGGAAAAGCUUUGGAGAAGCGUUGGAAGAGUUUGUUUUGGGGGGGGGUUGUUCAGUGAUGGUGGAGCUGGGGGGGUUGGGUUGGGGUCUGGCCAAUGGGUCCAGCAGGCAGAGAGGUGCCUGUUGACUCCCCAUUGUGCUGCCCAGUUUCACCGACCCAAAAUCCUUCUUUUCUCCCCUAUUUUCUAGCAGACUUUUUGCAUUGGGUUCUGGGGGCAGCAGCAGUUCUGUGUUGUUUAAAAGCAAUUAAAACAAUUGAAUUAAAGCGA